AUGGUUCACUAUAAGCUCACCUACUUUUCCAUUCGUGGAUUAGCUGAAACUGUUCGUCAGCUUUUUCAUUUAGCUGGAGUUCCGUUCGAGGAUCAACGUGUCACCAUGGAAGAAUUCCAAGCUUUGAAGAAAACUUUGCCUUUCGAGCAACUUCCCGUUUUGGAAGUCGAUGGUCAAGUGAUCUGUCAAACUAAUGCCAUUUUACGGUAUUUGGCUAAACAGUUCGGAUUCUAUGGAAAGACUGAUUAUGAACAAGCUAUUGUGGACAGUCUGGCUGAUCAAUAUAAGGAUUUCAGUUCCGAAAUUAGACAAUACUCUUAUUCUGUACGUGGAUUCAUUCCUGCAACUGCAGAGGAGCUUGAGAAAAUGAAACAGGAGAUUUACGUACCUGCUCGUGAAAAAUACCUCCGUUUUCUUACAAACUUCUUGAAGAAAAGCUCUACUGGUUUCCUGGCUGGUGGAGAACUAACUUACGCAGAUGUUCUCAUCGCAGAGCAAGUAGCUACGAUGCGAGAAAACUGGCCUGAUUUCAGUGAUGACCAUCCCGAGAUCAUUGCUCAUGAGAAGAAAGUUCAUGAUAUUCCCAAUCUCAAGAAAUGGAUUGCGACCCGUCCUGCUGACAUCAUGCCAGACAGAACAUCUCAGAAGUAA